UUUUUUAUAAAUACAACCCUUCUCCUUGUUUCUUCAUACACCAAUCCAUCAAGAAUCAUGAAGUUGAAACCAAAGAGAUUUUCCCGGAGCUUUUCUAGGUUUGGCGGCAGUGGCAGUGGCAGUGGCGGUGAUGGUGGUGGUGCAACGGUGGAUAUAGGAAUGGGUGAGACCAAAUGGGAAUUGCGUCCUGGUGGGAUGCUUGUGCAAAGGAGAGAGAUUAGAGGAGAAAAUGACGAGGAGGAGAUUAUUACUAUUCGGGUCACGACUGUUUCCCAGUGGCAUGAUGUACCUACUCAAGCAACUUCGACUUUUGGAGAAUUGAAGAUGAUAUUAUCAACAGUGACGGGUAUGGAGAUAAAAGAGCAAAGACUGUUGUUUAAAGGGAAAGAAAGAGAAGACGGAGAACACCUACACAUGGUUGGUGUUAGGAACAAUGACAAAGUGUUGUUGUUACAAGAUCCGGCCAUCAAGGAGAAGAAGCGUCUUGGAUUAGUCAAACUACCUUCUUACCGUACAAUCAUUGUAUAAUACAACUAAAAUCGAUAAAUCCCUAAUAACGUAUAAAUUUUAUUUAUUUGACUAAAUAUUAGUCUGUACGGAAAGAUUGAUUUAGAUUUUUAUAACCACACCCUCUAAUUUCCAAAGAAUGAUGUAAAUUAUAUGUGUUUUAUGUUUAUAUUAGUUAAGAUAUUAUUGUACUGGAAGCUCUUUUAUUUUGAGCUUACUAAAGGACGAUAUGUGUAAUCAAUAAGGGUUUCCUUCAUUUCAAUACAUGUAUACUUAUGAA